GAGGAGAGAGCGGAGCCACUCCCCCAGCUAAAACCCCUCUCGCUGCUCCGCCGCACGCCGUCGCGCUCUCUCCGUCCCUCUCUCGCUCCGCCGAUUUCAAUGGCGACCGCUGCCCUGAGACGCCGCAGUCCGACGCACCUCUCGCCGCUUCCCCCCCGAAUCUACUCCUGCUGCCGGGGGAUCGUCGCCGGCCGCUCAAUCGCCGAUUCGCUCCCCGCCGAUGGCCACCGGUCCGGCGCCUCGCCCCCGUGGUGGAGAUCCAUGGCCACCUUCACCCGGACAAAACCUCAUGUAAAUGUGGGUACAAUUGGCCAUGUCGAUCAUGGAAAAACUACGCUUACUGCUGCAAUUACAAAGGUGCUGGCAGAAGAAGGAAAAGCAAAAGCUGUUGCCUUUGAUGAAAUCGACAAGGCUCCAGAAGAGAAGAAAAGAGGGAUUACUAUUGCGACAGCCCACGUAGAGUAUGAGACCGCCAAGCGACACUAUGCACAUGUCGAUUGCCCAGGACAUGCUGAUUACGUUAAAAACAUGAUAACUGGAGCUGCUCAAAUGGAUGGUGGUAUUCUUGUUGUAUCUGCCCCUGAUGGUCCCAUGCCUCAGACAAAGGAGCAUAUUCUUUUGGCACGUCAGGUUGGGGUGCCAUCUCUUGUGUGUUUCUUAAAUAAGGUCGAUGCUGUUGAUGAUCCAGAGCUCUUGGAGCUUGUUGAAAUGGAACUUAGGGAGCUUCUUAGCUUCUACAAGUUCCCUGGGGAUGAAAUUCCUAUUGUCCGUGGUUCGGCAUUGUCCGCUUUACAGGGGACAAAUGAAGACAUAGGCAAGAAAGCUAUUUUGAAGUUGAUGGAGGCUGUUGAUGAGUACAUUCCUGAUCCUGUGCGUCAACUUGAUAAACCUUUCCUCAUGCCAAUUGAAGACGUUUUCUCAAUCCAGGGACGUGGGACUGUUGCAACUGGCCGUGUUGAACAGGGAAUUGUUAAAGUUGGUGAUGAAGUUGAGAUUUUGGGUUUAAUGCAGGGUGCCCCUCUGAAAACUACAGUGACUGGUGUUGAGAUGUUCAAGAAGUUGUUGGAUCAGGGACAGGCUGGUGACAAUGUUGGCCUCCUUCUUCGUGGUUUGAAGCGGGAUGAUGUGCAGCGUGGUCAGGUCAUUGCGAAACCUGGUAGUGUCAAAACAUACAAGAGAUUUGAAGCAGAAAUAUACGUCCUAACAAAAGAUGAAGGUGGACGCCACACUGCCUUCUUUUCAAAUUACAGGCCUCAGUUUUACUUGAGAACUGCAGAUGUCACGGGAAAAGUUGAACUACCUGAAGAAGUUAAGAUGGUUAUGCCCGGAGACAAUGUGACGGCAGUUUUCGAGCUUAUUUCAUCAGUUCCGCUUGAAGCAGGACAAAGAUUUGCCUUGAGAGAGGGAGGUAGGACAGUCGGUGCAGGUGUAGUGUCAAAAGUGAUUAGCUGAGCUGAGAUUCUCAAAGUCUGAAUUCGUGAAAGCAAAUCCUGAGUUUUGAGACGCAAAGUGCGGCAAUUACUUUCAUAGCCUGCGGGUUUACUUCUGAUGUUUUUGCCUAGCACUAUUUAUAGCAAUUGCUAGUGGUGUGAUAAAGUGGACUAGGAGGAAGCUCAACUGAAAUGUUAGUUUCAUUGCAAAGCUUAGUUAGUUGCACAUGAUUUUGCUCUUCCAAUAAUUUAUAACCGCAUUUGUCC